AUACGCAUACCCAUAUACUCACGUCUCUACGCUUCAUGGGCGGCUACCUGCAGCUAUCUACGACUCAAUAUUGCGAAGUAUGUGUUUUUCACGCCGCGUUCGCACAUCUUCUCUCACCUCACCGUAAAACAUUAUCGCUCCUCCUCCGUCCCGGCUGCUAUCGAUCGAGGUACCUCUCGGCACAUCGCCGCUGAGGACGCCAUGGCUGACGAUCAGGACCAUAUCCAACGGGAGCCCCAGAAUUUUCAAUAUCCUCCAGCUUCGAGGAGAAAAAGCAUACCAAGACGUAACACCGAUGCUAGACCAUGGGAGCCUACCUUGAAAUAUGACCCCAAUAACUUAAAUAAACCUCAUAGGAGAUUUUCCAGCGUUUUGAGAGCUUCCCCUGAGCUUAUACCAGAUCCUGCCAAUCAAUCCACAUCACCUCCCGCUUUCGGCGAAGGCAUAGGCAAUGGUCAACCGUCGGGACAUGGAUUUGGCGCUGAGGAUCUCAAUCGCCUUAAUAUCGCAGAAGAUAACGACACCCUUACCAAUCUGAGUACGGCUUCAGUCGCAUCCACGAGUCUGGCCACCGGUGGUCCAAGUUCGCACGGCUCAAACGGCUCUGGCAGAAGCGGCAUCACAGAGAGGCCUUUUCCAAACGGGGACAACGCGGGGAAGGCAAAGUCGAGGCGAAAGAGGUUUCCCCAAAGAAAACCUAACGCCUUCAACUUCCUAGAUUCCGACUCUCCUCUUGUGACUGAAGAAAGCAUUCAAAGGUCAGUGGAAGAGGCAGCUCGUCGAUCGCCAACCUCUCUCCAAGGCCAAUCACCAUCAAUCCGCAGCGCUUCUACAGCGACUACCGGUUUCAGGGAUGACGCUUCAGAAAACGUUGGCGAGCACGAAACGGACCGAAGCACGAGCCCCGAGCGUGGUGUUGAGGGAGAUAGUCGUCUUAAUGGCGGACCUCGGAUGACAUCGGGUCUAAAUAGGAGACGAAGUUACGGGUUUCCAGAUGUCGCACGAGGGAACCCUGAACGUCCAAACACACCACCAGCCGAACACGCUCCACGAGAGCCUAAUCGAGGUCGAUCACAACCUGCUCCAAGGCCGGAGAGGUUACCUUUGACGGGGUAUGAGUUACUCGCUUCGAAGCUUUCUAUCUCACCAGCAAAUCAAGCUGGCCCGCAUCUCCGACCCAUAUUUCGUCGAUUCGAGAUGUUAAAUCACAGGCUGUUGUUGUAUCUCCAGGAUGAGAUUUGUGAACUGGAGGAGCAACUCCAUCGACUCGACGCGGCGGAUACGCAGAGCCGGCGAAUACCGGGGCCGGAUUCUUUCUUCCCGGCGUCGCGAAGAGCAGAGUAUAUGGCAGGCGGCGAACUCCAUUGGCAUAAGACCGAUAUCCUCGGAAAGAUUGGAUUUAAGUUGGAGCAAUACAACCGUCUACUGUCGUCGUGUAGGGAGACGCAGGGGAUGCCAGUUCCGUCAUUAGAGGACAUCCACGAAUACCGCGGCUAUCUCGCGACCCAUGCUCCUAUCGCCGAAAUAGAGAGCCGUUUUCUUGAUAUAUCGGAUGACCUAAUAUGUGUUAGCGACGAAUAUCAGGAGGUAAUUGAUGAGGAACCAGUUCCAACCCCAAUCGCACAUUCAGGGUUCACCAUGGCAGAACCCCGAGCCGUAUCUCCCAUCAGGUCUCGACCUGUCUCGCCUUAUCAGCAUGACAGACCUAUUUCGCCAUAUCGGCAGGAUCGUCAAGAAGGUAGCAUCAUAACCGUCGACACGGUAUACGACGAUAAUCAAGUUGUCCUGUUGUCUAUAGCAGUCACGGUGGCAGUGAUCCUUCCAAUCUUGACUUUCUUGAUUAUUCCCGGGUACCUUGGUAGGUUGACGGUGGUUAUCCUAGUCGGCCUCGGUAUUCUGGGGGCUCUCUUUCAAGGGCAGAUAGUGGCUAUCCGUACUUGGGAACUUCUCACCUGCGUCGGUCUUUAUGGCGCUGUGAUGGCCGUUAUCGCGGGGAUCGUGUAAUCGGCAUAGGAGUUCUGUUUGGACAGAACAUAACAAGGACAAAUUAAUGUCUAAUUAUCUAUCGGCCUACCUACGGCCAGUCAGCAAGGUCAUCGUCUACCUACUAAUACCGUCUCUACAGGCAUUCAGGGCUCGGAAUAUGUACGUGUUCGUGUCAUAUAAUGGGGGAAUAUGGGACCAGGAGGAGACUGGCUGCAUCGUCAACGCUC